AUGCCGUAUUUCGUAAUAGCAACAGCUACCGUCGCAACCUCCUACGUCGUGCUAGCACUUGCACUGACUCUUGCAUUAUUUUCUCGGCCAUCAUUCAAGCGCCUGAUCGACGCGCUGUAUCCACCGGAGUACUUUAUCGACGAUUUCCCCAAGUAA